AUGAGUCACUUUCCGGGAAAUCUUUGGAAAUGGCAAUGGCCAUUGGUGAAAUGUUCGUGGAGCUGCAUAUCUCAUUAUCUUUUUACUAGUGUAUUGUUAAUGAGUACUUUAAUUGGUGCUAUUACUUAUCUGUACUCAACUUCUAGACGAUUAUCUCGCAAUGCACUUCGACCUCUUACUAAUGGCAGUGCACAAAGUGUUCCAGCAAUGUUCAAUCUGGGCAACACAUGCUUUGCUAAUUCAUUGUUGCAGGGACUUGCUAGCUCAAAGGCUUUUUUAAAAUGGGUCCAGACGAUCGAUACUAAAUUUGCUUAUGAUGGUCACAAAUUGAUGUUUUUGGACGCUUUAAAACGAGUUAUUAGAGAGUUAAAUGAUACUACAAAGGAGAUAUGUUCCGCUGCAGAUGUGAUCGAUACGUUACUGGCACAUAGAUGGUCCAUACCACCGAAUACAGAGCAGGAUUUAUAUGAGUUAUUUAAUGUAUUCGUGACAACGUGGGAUGAAGAAUUGGCAGAAUUGCGGCAUAAUCGUGAAUCACCUUUGCAGAAAAUCAUCAAAGUCGUUGGUUUUACAUUUCCUAUACAUUCUUACAAGUUUAUGGAUGACAAUGUUUUCUUUAACAUCAAUUGGUGUCGUGAAUUUCUUUGA